UGGGCUCCGGCGGCGAGUGCGCAGCGCCCGCUGGCCUGGUGGGGGCGGUGCCGGCGCUUCCCCCGCAUCUCCCCCAGCUUCUGCAGUGCGACCCCCGAACAGGGCCGAGUCGCCCCGUGUCUCCGCCCCGGAGCUGCGGCUGCUGAAGCUGCGGCAGCCUGCGUGCAGCCUUUGCGCCCUGCGGACGGGAGGCGAUCCGCGGCAGUGUCGCCGGUCCUAUCCGCUCUCCCUCCGCAUCCCCGCCCCCGGACGCGCCUCCUCCGAGAGUAGGUCGCCGCACACUGCGGCAGCGCGGGUCCCAGGCUGCCAGCGGGAGGCACACCCACCGCGCCCGGCCGCACCCCUGCGCAGCAGCAUGUCCGCGCUCGAGUGGUACGCCCACAAGUCUCUGGGCGAUGGCAUUUUCUGGAUUCAAGAACGCUUCUACGAGUCAGGCAACCGCGCCAACAUCUGGCUGGUUCGCGGCUCGGAGCAGGACGUGGUGAUCGACACGGGCCUGGGGCUGCGCAGCCUCCCGGAGUACCUCUACACUUCGGGCCUCUUGCAGGAUUUCGGGGCUAAAGAGGACGCGGGGCGUCGGCCGCUGCUGGCCGUGGCCACCCACGUGCACUUCGAUCACUCCGGCGGCCUCUACCAGUUCGACCAGGUGGCUGUGCACCGCGCCGAGGCCGAGGCCCUGGCUCGCGGGGACAACUUUGAGACCGUGACCUGGCUCUCGGACAGCGAGGUGGUGCGGGCGCCCAGCCCUGGCUGGAGAGCCAGGCAGUUCCGAGUGCAGGCAGUGCAGCCCACCCUCAUUCUGCAGGAUGGGGAUGUGAUCAACCUUGGCGACAGGCAGCUCACAGUUAUGCACAUGCCAGGUCACUCCAGAGGCAGUAUUUGCUUACACGAUAAAGACCGCAAGGUCCUCUUUAGUGGCGACGUCGUGUAUGAUGGAUCACUGAUUGACUGGCUCCCGUACAGCAGGAUAAGUGACUAUGUUGGAACUUGCGAACGUCUCAUAGAACUGGUGGACAGGGGCCUCGUGGAGAAGGUGCUUCCUGGGCACUUCAAUACCUUUGGUGCUGAAAGGCUCUUUCGUUUAGCUUCUAAUUAUAUUUCAAAAGCUGGGAUAUGCCACAAAGUGUCUACUUUUGCCAUGAGAUCUCUUGCAAGUUUAGCUCUCCGUGUAACAAAUCCUAGGACCUCGCCCUAGAAUCUGCGCUCGUCAUUUGAUUUCAUUAACUGUAAAUUAACCCGGUUCCCUUGUGUUGUUCGAAAUGGUUACUAGUGGGCAUUUAUAAAACCGCUUUUAUAUCACCAUGGUAUAUUAAACAAAAGGAGGAAGAAAAAAAAAAAAGCAGAGUCUUAACUUGGUAUCCUUUUUUUUUUUUUUUUCUCCCUAAGGAAGAAGCCACUUAAAUAAGCUUGUAAUUGGACUGUGCUGUCGUGGUUUCUGAGUGUUUGGUUGGGAAUGCCGGCAUAAUCCGGCAGCAAGCAUACAGUCACAGAACUGCCGUUGCUCUUCAGUUUACCUCUAACCCUGAUACGGAGAGGGAAAUUGUCUGGCGUUCUAUGCUUGCACCUCACCCUUGAUUUUAUUUUCAUGUUUCAUUUAAAGAUAAAGUUUUUUGGGUUCAAAAAUAAGGUAGAAAACAGCUUAUAUUUGUGAUCCUGGCUUUCAUGCCUCCUUAUUUAUUUAUUUUUUAUUCUUUGUAUCAGUGUAAGACAUACAACAUGCUGUAUAAUUUAACUUAUGAGCAGUACAAUGAAGUUUUGUCUGUUGCAAAGCUUUAAAUAUAAAUUGCGGAGUGCUUCAGUAAAACAGCCACUACUUGUUGUUUGUUAUCGUGUGACAUUUUCAGUCAUAAAAAUGAAAUUCAAAUGUAUGUAAUCUAACUAUAAAUUGUCAGAUUUCUUAAAAGGACACUGUCAGGCAAAUUUGAAAAUAUACACAUUGAGAAUAAUUUUUUAUUAUAUCCUAUUUUAGUAUUAAUAACUAUUAUAAACAAAAUUUUUCUGAUUAAAUAACAGUUUCAGUAUUGUGUCAUGUUCUACAGAACCAAAAUAACUCCUGAUAUCUAUGACCUCUUAAUGUAAACAAUUCUUUUAAUUGAUAUAUUUGUAUACGUACCACAGAAAAACUUUUAAAUUUAUUGCAGUAUAUGCAUUAGCUAUUAACUAGAGCAAAUGGCCUUUGUAUCCUGAUUCACAACACCUGUUCCUGUUCAGUAUUCUUUGUCUUGAACGGUAACAAGUCCGUGUUCAUAUGUCAUAGAAAACAUUAAACCUCUGUUCAGAGAUAUUAGGUAAAAUGUUUGGGUUUGGUGCUUUAAAUAAUGAUUUAUCUAAAAGCCUUUUUGAAUAUUUCAUAGAAGUUUUUCAAGCAGUUUUCCACUGUCUUUUUAUUAUUGACAUUUUUAUUAUUGACAUUCUAGACCAAACAGCUCUACUUUUGGAAUUCAGAUAGUUUAAUAUUAGGGGGAAAAAGCAGUUCUUGUUUCUUUCAAGAACAAAGUUUCAAGUUAUAUAAUUUGUUGCUCUGCAAACACCCAUCUUCUUUAGUUUUUUUAUUCAUUCACACACAAAUGCAUGACACAACUGUGUUAAACAAUGCAGGAAGUUUGAAAGUAAAAGGACACAUUACAGCUAGAAGUUAAAGGCCACAAAGCUGAAAAAAAAUAUAUGCAAGUUGAAGUUAAUAUAAAUUAUGCCUAAGUAUAAAGGAUACAUGGCAGAGUGUGAAGUUGAGUAAGGGGAAAUUUCCUGGAAGUGGGGAUUCUUGAGUCAGAUUUAUAUUGAGAAAUAAAAAAAGAUGUGAGCCUAGGGUUUCAAGAACUGCUAUUUGGACUAGCCUAUUCCUUGUGAGCAUAUAAAUUUAAUUUUCUGGAAUCCCAUUUCUUUCAAGUACCAUGUAAUUAGCAUGAAAAAAGACGGGUUUGUGGUUGUAUGUGUGGGUCAUUCUUAAAGGCAGAUGAGCUGAGCUCUCAUGUAGCACCACGUAAACCUUUGCUUAGAGUCAGAAAGGAGGCUACGAUAGCUCAGAGUGUCACGAGUGCUAUGUCAUGGUGCUUCGAGACAUCUGUCACCAGAUGAUGACGCAGUACCAAGAACAGAGAUUGGUUCAGGGCAACUACAAUCACUAGAUAAGCCUUAAAUAUAGCCAUUAUUUUUAUAUCAGCAGCACAAAAGAAAGCCCAAAGUCCUUAAUCAUUGACUAUUUUAUCAUAUUUUGUAUUUAUUUUAAAAUCAGGAUAGAGUAGGCAUUAAGUGUUAUAAGGAAAAUUUAUUCCUGAUGAGAUAUUUAUUUAUUAAAAGUAGAUUUUGAAUAUAAAUUGAUAUUUUUGUUGCUUUUGCCAAUAUCUUUGGUUUUUCAAAUUGCAGUGUAAGAUGCUGAUAUAUCACUGUUGCUACCCUGUGAAAAGUAUGGAGGUAAAGUCAUGAUCAUCUCAUAUUCAUGAUACAGUUUAAAUUUGCGUCCUCGUUCUAGCACCACGAGGUAACUGACCAGCGGUCACAUGACGUGGACUAGGAAAAAGCCAGUAGUUGAGCACAGGUUCAUCUGCUCCUAAACUGUGCCCUCUCUUAAACCUGCAGAAUACAUAGUAUUGGCUACAUAUAUUUUUGCUUUCCAACAAGCCACAUAUGCGAAGGAUAAAUCCAAUAGUAUUAAAUUCUAAUAGCAUUUUUAGAAAAUAAAAAUAUGUAUUUUCAUCCUGACAGUGACCCUUGUAAUUUAUGAUUUGUGGAAAUAAAAUAUUGUAACUGUAACUUAAGGUUGUCAAAUGUUAGACAUUUCAAAAUAAUUUUAUAUUGCUAACAAUGAGCUUGUGGACUUGCUUUAUUUAAUUCAUGUCUCCUUUUCACUGAGAAGCUUAAAGCAAAUAGAAACCUUGUGUCUUCUGCUGAUGUAGUUGAUAUAAAUGGGUAUGUGUAAUUGUUCUUAUAUGGAUAGUAAUAUGAAUGUGACAUGCCCAAAUUGUCCUAUAAUUUUCAGAUAAGUGUAUGUAAACAUUGGUGUGGUAACUAUUAAAGUGGCCAUUUAUUUCAGUGUGCAA